CUUCCCUUGGGAUUUGGUCUGUCAUUUUUUCAUUUCCGAUUGAUGAAUAUAUUGCAGUAGCAGCAUGCACAUGUUAAAGGGUUUCCCUAAGUUCAGCAUUCAUACAUAGAAUCGGUCAAAAUCUUGGUCAAUUACUCCAAGUGGAUAGCUCCAAUAAACACAAUCAAGCAUAAAUCCUCCACAAUCUUAAUUGAAAAUGGCAGGUAAAGAACCAGUUAUCAUCACAGACAAGGAAGAGAUGAGAAAAUGGACAAGAACCAUGAGAUCCCAAAACCAUACAAUUGGCUUUGUCCCCACUAUGGGUUACCUCCACGGGGGUCACCUUUCUCUAGUGCAAGAAGCACAAAAACAUACUGACCUUAUAGUUGUGUCCAUUUAUGUAAAUCCCGGUCAAUUUUCACCCAAUGAAGAUCUUUCAACAUACCCUUCUGAUUUUCAAGGCGAUAUUCAGAAACUCAAGUCUGUUGCUAAUGGUGUUGAUGUUGUAUUCCACCCCAAGAAUUUGUAUGACUAUGGGAAUUCUGAAAUGGGACUAAUUAGGUCAGCUGAGAGGAUUAAUGAAAAAGAGAAUGAGGGUUUAAAGGUGGUAUCUUGUGUUGAAGAUAAAGGGAUGGGGCAUGAAACUUGGGUUAGAGUUGAAAAUUUGGAAAAAGGGUUGUGUGGAAAGAGUAGGCCUGUUUUUUUUAGAGGGGUUGCUACUAUUGUCACCAAGUUGUUCAAUAUUGUUGAGCCUGAUGUUGCUGUCCUUGGCAAGAAGGAUUACCAACAAUGGAGGAUUAUUCAGAGAAUGGUCCGAGAUCUUGAUUUUGGGAUAAAGGUGAUUGGUUCUGACAUAGUACGAGAGCAUGAUGGCCUUGCAAUGAGUUCCCGCAAUGUGAAACUUUCACCUGAAGACAGACAAAAGGCUUUGUCUAUUAGCCGAGCACUGUCUAAAGCCAAAGUUAAGGCAGAAAAGGGACAGGUCAACUGCGGAGAGCUGAUAAAUUCAGCUAUUCAAACCAUAGAUGAAGCCGGUGGAAGGGUUGAUUAUGCUGAGAUUGUGGAGCAAGAAAGUUUAGAGCCGGUGGAAACAAUCAAGAGACCAGUUGUAUUUUGUGUAGCAGCAUGGUUUGGAAAGGUCAGGCUCGUUGACAACAUGGAAAUAAAUAUAUAAGAUGGAGCCACCAAA